UCUUAUAUCUAAUUUAUUUGGAUCCUUGGUGCAAUUUAAAUCCAUGAAUACAAACUCAAGAAAAUUUAGUUUGAAUUUUGUGAAUUUGGAUCAUAUCUUAUCCAUCCCAUAAGUCAUUAUUAAAAUUCAGGGGUAACAUCCACUCACUAAAAAAUAUUUUGUUACUUCCAUGGGCCUAAUUAGUUUCUGUUUUUCGUUUAUGCCAAUACGUCAUGCAAGGGCUUUUCUCAAUAAAGUCAGACGUAUUUAGUUUUGGGGUAUUAUUAUUGGAGAUCAUUAGUGGUAAGAAGAACAAUGUACGAUAUUCUCAUGAAGAUCCUUCAACGAAUUUAAUAGAACAUGUAUGGGACUUGUGGAAAGACGGUCGAGUAUUGGAGAUAGUUGAUUCAUCAAUGGGUGACUCCUACCCUGCUCAUGAAGUUUCGAAGUGCAUCCAAGUUGGGUUGUUGUCUGUGCAAGAAAGUGCGUCAGAUAGGCCAACAAUGUCGAGUGUUACUUCCAUGUUGGAGAAUGAAACAAAGAUGCCUAUGCCUAACCAACCUGCUUUUAUCAUUAAGAGAACUAUCAUUGGCCAAGAUUCAUUUACAUCCAUAAAUGAAGUAACGAUCACUGCGAUAGAGCCUCAAUAGAAGAUGCAACCUUUUGCUAUGUACAUUGAUGAACAAAUUAUAUAGUUUAAUAAUUCAUUGUCUUGCAAAUGCAUCAACAAAGUUUAAGUGGUAAAUAGUUCAAAUCAACAUAGCACCGUUGAAGAAGGUUGUUUGACUUCCCUUUAUUGUAAAGUUAUAAAUUUCAACCAGGAAAUGUCCCAUCCAAUGGGACUUCUUUUU